UCUCUCUUUCCAUGGCCUCAUUCCGAAGGCUUCUCCAUCAAGGUUCCUCUCUCAUUGUACGCCAUUCUUCGUUGCAGGGGACCAGGAUAUUUGGUUCUCGGACUCGAGAAGGUUUUGCUUCGCGUUUUCUGCUUCUUUGUAUUUAUAUAUAAUGGUCUUGAAUUAUUCUAGUAAUAGAAAAGAAAAGGCGUAGAUGGAACUGCAUAAUUGAGUGUUUGAGAAAAAGAUAGAGUUAUUGAUCUAAGUCUUGAUUGGAUUAAGGUUUUGGAGGAGGUCUGUGGAGCUACGCUGCAAUUUCCUCCCCGGAGCAAACCUUGUUAAAGCUCGAGGAGGAGAUUAGGCGAGCACAUGCUGGUAAAUUGCCUCCAGUUGAUGAAAUAGGGCAGAUCUUCGAUGCUGCCAAACAGAGUUUCCUCAACAUUCCUGAGGCUCUGAAGGGUAUACCCAAGAUGAAUCCAGAAGGUUCAACGAUGUUCAUGUGUUGUUUUGAAAUGAAAUAAGUUCUACUUAGUAUGUCAUAUCUGAAUUAUGCCAUUUUGAAUUGAGUUAGGUAUAUAUGUCAAUAAGAAUCUCAAAUUGGAUAGCAUUCAUGUUUAUGGAUUCAACUAUGACUACACUUUGGCUCAUUACUCUGCUGCCUUACAGAGUUUAAUAUAUGAUCUUGCUAAGGUGCAUAUGGUUAAUGAGGUUGGCGUGGACCUACUUGUGUUAUUUUGUUUACCACUUCUCUUUUUAGGGCCUUUGUUAUAUAUGUUCACUGUGUAAUGGCUUUGUGAUGAGGUUUUUGCAGUUAAUAUAUCCCGAGACAUGCAUGAAAUUUAAGUACGAUCAGAGUUUUCCAAUUAGGGGACUGUACUAUGAUAAGAAAAACGGAUGCCUCUUGAAGUUGGAUUUCUUUGGGUCAAUUGAGCCAGAUGGAUGUUACUUUGGUCGUCGCAAGGCUUGUCUUAUUGCAGAUAUUGUUCAAGAUUUUGUUGAUGCUAAGCUGGAAUUUGAUGCAUGCUACAUUUAUGAAGAUGUUAAUCGCGCAAUUCAGCUUGUUCACCGUAGUGGUUUGGUUCACAGGGGAAUCCUUUCUGAUCCCCAUAGGUAUUUAGUUAGAAAUGUUUCUAUCGGUUAUGGCAACUCUUGGAGGGAACUGUUUGAUGUUGUGAUUGCUAAAGCCAAUAAGCCAGAGUUUUACACAUCUGAGCAUCCAUUUCGCUUUUACAAAGGUGGAUGCAUUUCAUUCAGACAAAGUCUAUUACCAUGGAUGUCUCAAGUCUUUUCUCCAGAUUACAAAAUGGAAGGGUCCAGAGCUAAUAUAUUUUGGGGAUCAUUUAUUCAGCAAUCUAAGGGGGCCUUCAAAGGCUGGUUGGCACAUGCUGCCAUCAUUUGAGAACUAGAAGUACGUCAUUUUAUCAUCCCUGAGUCAUAUAUGUGUGUAGGGUCUCUGGGAAUGCAUUUAUCGUUAUUGAUAUUCCUUACUAGACUUUUUUUUUUUUGCAUAUCGUCCCUGAUUGCUACUUUGAACCUUUGGUUUAAAUGAUCUGCCUUUAUUUUGUAUUUAUUUAAUUUAUUCAUAUUAUAAUUGAUUUUUUCCUUGUCUCUUCUGACCGUUUGGGUGCUUUGUUUUAUUUAAUGCAGCAUGAAAUAGAUAUACAGAAUGAAGAUAAUUAUCGUUUUGAACAGCCAGUAGCCAGUAGCCAGAGAAGCGAAUCAUACCUAUCACUUCUGGAUGAGCUAAAUGAAGAUAGGCAGAAGGCGCGCCUAAUGAUGAAAAGCAUGUUCAAUAAGUACUUUGGAGCCACCUUCCUCACCGAUACUGGUCAAGAAUCUGCCUUUUCCUAUCACAUUCAUCGGUAUGCUGAUGUUUAUACCAGUAAGCCAGAAAACUUUUUGCUCUAUCCACCUGAAGCAUGGUUUCAUGUGACCUAUGAUGUCAAGAUCAUGCCACAUCAUGUGAAGGUCCCAUCAAGUUUUUUUUGAGAAACGAUAUCACCACUGAAGAUGGUAAAAAUUUGCCAGCCCAGAGUGUCUCUGCUCAUCACUGGACAUGCCAAUAGGGUGUUUGUCAAACUCUUUAUAAGAGAGUACAAUUUGAAAACAAGAAAAUAAGGAAGGAUGGAGAAUACAUUGGUUGGACACUGGAAGCCAAACUAGAACUCUUCAGCUUCUUCAUAACUGACACGCCAAAGAAGGAUAGCUUUUUCCACCUACUUCAACUUCAGAUGCGUUUUCCAGGAUCUAUCUUCCUACAUAUUGUAGGCAAUCCUCCAAACCCACAUUUCUUUUUCUUCGUUGUGCUUGCUUCCUGCGAAAAUCUAAUAUUGCAGUUAGUGGUAACCUCCUCAAUGUUGCCACAUGUGAUAACCUCCAUUUUUUUUUUCUCCAUUAUUCUCACCACUACUACUUGCACGUAAGUACCAGCCAGUAUGCUUUUGCUUCCUCUCCGA